AUGGAGUAUUUGAGCAGAAAUUUAAAUGACUUGUCAAAUCACAAGCAAUUCAAAUAUCAUCCAAAGUGCAGCAGGCUCAAGAUUACUCACCUAAGCUUUGCAGAUGAUCUACUGAUGUUUGUAGAAGGAGAUCCAGAAUCUGUUCACAUGUUGCAGGAGAAAUUUAAUGUGUUCACAGCAGCCUCAAGAUUGCUAGCUAAUCUAUCAAAAAGUGCUAUGUAUUUUGGAGGGGUCUCAGGUAUGGUUCAGAAUCAAAUUCAACAAGACUUGGGUUAUAGUUUUGGUGAACUGCCUUUUAGAUACCUAGGGGUUCCUUUGGCCACCAAGAAACUCAGUAUUGUUCAAUGGCAACCUUUGAUUGAUAGAAUUGUGGCAAAAAUCUCCUCCUGGACAUCAAAGAAAUUAUCUUAUGCAGGGAGAGUACAACUAGUUAGGACAGUGAUUUUUGGAGUUCAAGCAUAUUGGGCUCAAAUAUUUGUACUACCAGCAAAGGUGAUGAAAAUAAUCCAAGCUUAUUGUAGAAGUUAUAUAUGGUCAGGAGCAAAUGUGAUCACAAAGAGAGCACUUGUUUCAUGGGACAAGGUGUGUACACCAAAGUCUGCUGGAGGGCUUAACUUGGUGAAUUUAAAAGUUUGGAACAAAGCAGCCAUAUUAAAAAUGUGUUGGGAUAUAGAACAAAAGCAAGAUAGGCUAUGGAUAAAAUGGAUCCACAGUUACUAUAUCAAAGGCCAAAGUAUGGAAGAGGUCAGGGUUCCUGCUCAAGCUUGUUGGAUGGUCAGAAAGAUUCUGGGGACAAAAGAGAUGUUGCAUAUACUACAUAAUGAAGCUGUGGGGAAGAAAAGUAUGAUUAGACAAGCUUAUAAACAAAUGCUUGGCAAUUUUUCAAAGGUUGAAUGGAGAAAUCUUAUUUGUUGUAACUCAGCAAGGCCAAAGGCAAUCUUUACACUAUGA